CGCAUUUGUUCCAGGCUUCCCACCACCCCAUAAACGCUACACAUACAGUACUUGUGCAUGCGGACGAACGAACGAGUGGUUUCCAAAAUCGAUGUAGCUGUAUCCACAGAAAAUUACCACCUGGAUGUCUUGCUGGGGUUAUCAUUCAUGUACCUUUCCAGCGGACUGAGUUUCUGUCGAAUGAGAAGGAUAUCUUGCACCAUGGAUGGAUUCUGCCUUCUCUAUCUGCUCAUGUCUUGCUGGGGUUAUCAUUCAUGAACCUUUCCAGCGGACUGAGUUUCUGUCGAAUGAGAAGAACAUCUUGCACCAUGGAUGGAUUCUGCCUUCUCUAUCUGCUCAUGAUCCUCCUGGUGAGAUCUGGUGAUGUUGAAACCAACCCUGGACCAGACAGGAUUGUCAGUGAAAAGGAAUUCUUACAGCUGUCCAAGCAAAUUGAACCUAGCCACUACAAAGAGGUGGGCAUUAACCUGGACAUCUCCAUUGCAGAGCUUGGUCAAAUCAAGGAACGUAGCCAAAAUACCAGUGAUGCAUUGAUGACAGUCUUCACGAGAUGGAGAGACAAACAGUCUCCAGGCACAGACAUCAGGGCUCUUCUAGCAGAGGAGUUAGACAGAAGUGACUUAGGGUCCCUCUCUGGCGAACUACUUGCUGGCAGUCUAGUCCUGAAGCGGACAGGUGCACCUGCUACGAUGUCAGGAUCACAGACUCAACCACUUUCUCCUGACCUGAUCAAGAAAUGUGCAGAAGAUUUGAAAUCCAAAUACCGGACAACUUUCUGUAAGAUCAGAGCUGAUCCUCUCGACCCUGAUUCCAUUGUGCAAUUUGACGACAUGUUUGUUAACCUUGUCCUGGAAGAGGAAUAUCGUAAAGGCAAGCGACCACUUACGUACAGGGAUCUCUUUAAUCACAAAGUCAAUGGAGAGUUUCCCAAGCGGAUCAUGAUUCAGGGAGAGGCUGGGGCUGGAAAGACAACAUUCUGUUCUAAGAUUGCCUGGGACUGGAUAACUGAGAAUCCUGUUCUCCCAAAGUUCUCGUGGGUACUUGUUAUCCCUUUUCGUGAAGCCAAACAAUACACGAUCGGUGAGAUUGUCAAGUUGUAUCUCUCCAAGGACAACCCAGCAACAGCCUGCCAGAUCACUGAGUACAUCCGUUCAAAUCCAAAAGAUGUAUUCAUUGCGUUUGAUGGAUUAGAUGAGCUUGAUGGCAAGGUUGUACAGCAAAGGAAAGCUGGUACAAAGUCAGAAUGUCACCAGCCAAAGUCAUCAAAACUAACAAGUGACACUUUGCAGCCAAGAGUCCACAGUGCAGAGGCAAGUGGAAGUGCUUCAGAGAGAGGUGGCAUUGCACUUAGAGACAUUCUUAGUUCAGAUGAGCUUGCUGCUUGCCCGGUGUUUGUGACAAGUCGCCCAUGGAAGGUCGAAGAGAUUAGAUGGGACAAUAGUCUACGGAAACUGUACACUUUCAUGUUUGUAGAAGGGUUUAGUAAGGAGAAUGUGGAGGUGUACAUUCACAAGUACUUUCAAGAUGAUGGGGCCAAAGCAGAUCAGCUUAUCCAAUUAACCAAAGACAAUGUCAUCAUAUCUGAGAAUAUGGCCCCGUAUCCUAUCUACAUAGCUAUGCUCUGUCUUAUGUGGAGAGAACUUGGUGACGAAAAACAAGAAAAGUUGAAGUCAUUGCAAACUUUUUCUCAAAUAUUUGAUGAAAUGUUUGAAUUCUUGAAGGUGCAUUAUGCUCAGAAAGAGAUCACAGAUUUAGACAGCCAAGAUUUCCAAACCUUUCGCUCUCAAAUUGAGAAGCUCAUGGAACCAGUUGCCAAAGUUGCUUUCACCGGGCUACAAGAAAACACCCUUAGUUUCAAAGAAGGUGAUUUUGAACAGUGCUCAGACUCCAUUGAAACAGCUUGUAGAGUAGGGGUGUUGUCGCAGGAGAAAAAAUUGUCAUCUUUAUAUGAUAAGAGCAGUAUGUACCUGCAGUCUACUAUCUUCUUUCCACACAAACUCUUUCAGGAGUACAUGGCUGGGGUCCAUCUUGCUUCCCUGUUUGAAUUAGAUCACAAUGAAUUCAACAGACUGAUUGAGCAAGUAGUGCUGCCUAGAAAGGAAGAGUUUAGGUAUCUCCUGUACUUCACUGUAUCACGGGACAAGACCAUUGCAAACCAUGUCAUGAAAUGCAUGUUACAGGGUGGCACUCCAGACAGCAAGGGGGUGAAUUUCUUGGUUGAUGUAUCCUUUGAGAGUCAGGACCUAGAUACUGCAGCCUUGGCGAGGGGUGGAAUGUCAUCUCUGAAAAUACACCCAUCCAUGACAGCACACACCAUAGCAGGUUAUGUAUUCACUGGACUAGGUGUACAUAAAGAUGUGAUCGAUCUUGGAGUAAAUGGAGAAUUUGGACCAAUUAUAUCACAUGAUAUGGGGGAGAUUAUAUGCUCUGUGCCCUCUCUAGAGGAUGUUACACUAUUUCAAGCUGCCUUGCACAGUGACUUCUAUGCAGUUCUCGCUAAAGAAGGAAACAAGUCCAAGGUCCACACUGUCGAGCUUCAAUCUGUUAGGUGUCCAACAUCAGCCUCUUCACAUUACCUAGCAGACGCUUUGUGUUCCAUGCCAAACCUGACUGACCUGACACUAGAUGGAAAUGAUUUCCAGGAGGAGUUCUAUUCUACACUGAAUGCAAAGGCGUCAACCUUACAGGAUUCUUUUCCUCAAAUCAGUAAUGGAAAUUUCAUGCUCAAUGGAAAGUACCAAGCGGAUUUUGAUUCAUUCCUGCAGUCACUCACUGACUCUCCACGGUAAGUGAACUAUUAAACAUAAUGAAUUACAAAUUAAUUUUAUUGCUAUACAACUUACUCCUAGAUCCUAAUCAAAUGAUUGGUUAAGCAGGGUCAUGUGUGAUUCCUUUACUGAGAAUAUUACAUGUUUUUCCAUGAAAAAGCAUGCUAUAGUUUCUAGUACUAUUUAACGAUCUUUCCACAGCAGGGCAUGUAGAGUUUAAUAUGCUGUAUAUACUGUGU